AUGAGCGACGGUUUCAAGCAAUUCGUGGAGCUCCAGGCCAAGUACGCCGAGGCCACCAGUCAGAUGAAAAACUUGCGUUCGUCGGUGCAGCAGCGAGAGAACGAUCGCCAACGCGCGAAGCUCACGGCGAAGGAGAUGGAGGCGGUGGAGGAGACGGCGCGGACGUUCAAGCCGCUCGGACGAUCGUUCGUGCUGGAGGGUCGGGCGGAGCUGGUCAAAGGCUUGGAGGAGACGAGCGCCAAGGCGACGGAGGAGAUCGAAAAGGCCAUGGCGCAGAGGGAGUACCUGGCGAAAAAGCUUAGCGACGUGGAGACAAAUCUGAGGGAGUUGAUGCAAGGGAACGACGCGCUGGCGAAGGAGCUGCAGGAUCGAGGGGUGAUUUGA